AUGACGGAAGCGGCCCAGAAAAAGAUGUUCGUCCCUCUUGAGAACAAUCCAGAGGUGAUGACCAACCUAGUCCACGAACUCGGCCUGUCCCAGUCCCUCCAAUUCCACGACGUGUACUCCCUCACCGAACCAUCUCUCCUGGCCUUCCUCCCUCGCCCGGCCAUCGCCCUGCUCCUCGUCUUCCCCGUCACCAGCACGUACGAGAAGUUCCGAGCUGAAGAGGAUUCGUUGCGCGAGGAAUAUACCGGCUUUGGCGACCAAGAGCCCGUGGUGUGGUUCAAGCAAACUAUCGGCAACGCAUGUGGCCUGAUCGGGUUAUUACAUGCCAUCAGCAACGGCGAGGCAAGAUCCAACAUUGUGGAAGGCAGCGAUCUGGAGAAACUGCUCAAGGAAGCCAUCCCAUUGAAACCCGCCGCGCGUGCAGACCUUCUCUACAACAGCCCCACACUCGAAGCGGCGCACGCAACGGCCGCAGCCAAGGGCGACACGGAAGCUCCCGAAGCCGAAGCGAACGUUGACCUACAUUUCGUGGCGUUCAUCAAAGAUAGAGGCGGAUAUCUGUGGGAGAUGGACGGGUCGCGGAAGGGGCCGUUGAAAAGAGGCUUCCUGGGUCCUGAGGAUGAUGUGUUGAGCGAGAAGGGCCAGGAGCUAGGGGUGAAGGCCUUCCUGAAGAGGGAGGAAGAGGCAGGCGGUGGGGAGUUGAGGUUCAGCGUUCUCAUGCUAGGACCGAGUUUUGAGUAA